CCCCAUAUUUGAACUAAUAUAGCUGGAGAUCACUCAUGUAGCCUAUGUAAAAACACAUAUUUUCUAUUCAGAUAAUAGGGCUAUCUUUAUUUCCAUACUCUACAGAAAUAUUAUAAUAUCUUACACAUCAUACACCAAGGAGAGCAGCAAUUUCCACGUUAUCGUUACGCAAUGUCAAGUCCCCCCACUAAAUCCAGUCCGUCGUCUAACGAAACUCCAGUCCGUGUUUUAUGUGUCUCAAUGUACCUCAGUAAAAUGGCUGUAUCUCGCUGAGCCUCGUGCUGAUCUGAUCCAUUCCUCGGCUGUAGUCUAGUUCUGUAAUAGAACCCCCCACAAAUUUGUCGGUAAAUUCAUUUCUGGGAUUUGAAAUUACGUGACCAAGUGCUCUCAACACGGAACCUGAGUGGAAGCCGGAUUCAGUCCGGUGCACGGGGUGGGAAUGAGUCAGGACACGGAUAAAUUGUGGUAAACUAUUGUAUUUACAUUCAAUGUUUAGCGUUUGAUUGUGACUGACUCGCCGAGAGGGAGAGGGGUAUCAUGGCCGCUCAGGUCGCCAGCGCUACCACUCUCAACACCAGCCCGCCCUCCGAACUGAAAAAACCGGAUCGAGACCCAAAGGAGGAGUCGGUACCGGGAGAGAAGCAGCAGGAAAAUAAGGAAGCGGGAUUAGAGAGUGGAUCUCCGGGCCGGGGGGAACUGCAGGACGGGGCCGAUGUGGGAAAUGCAGGGGGAGGAGGAGAGUCGGAGAUGAAGAACGGUAACGGGAAUCCGUCUCGGGUAAAUAAUAAUCAGAAUGAUUCCGCGGGAGCCGACGGGAAUAAUCAUCCCGGGAUGGUACACCAUCACGCAUCCGCUUUUCCACCACCUUCAUAUGGUUACAGUCCGCACUACGGCCGGGCCCCUUUUCAUCAACAUGGCGGACAACAAAGCCCUGGCAUGGCAGCUGCAGCGGGGCCAGCCGCGCUGUCGAGCAACAUGAUGGACCCAUAUCAGCCCAAUUCUCAUGAUCACAGCUUUCCCAAUCACCAGUUCAGCAACUACAGCCCAUUCCCGAACCGAACCCCCUAUCCCGGUCAAGGAUACGCAAUGAACUCCCCGCGAAACACUCAAGCUCAGGCGGCAGGGGGGCAGGCAGCCAAGCAACAGACAGCGGGAGGACCUGCUAUGGCUGCAUCAUAUAAUAACCCGAGAUAUAACAUGGGAAAUCCGCAGCCCACUGCCACCCCAACUCUCAACCAACUUCUAACCUCCCCAAGCUCAACGAGGGCCUACCCAAACUACCCACCAAGCGAUUAUAACAACCAGGAAGGGGGUAACAAGGGACCAACAGACUUGGGCAGUAGCGGCCAGUAUGGUGGGGGCCAUCCGGGUUGGCAACAAAGGACACAUCACCCGCCACCCAUGAGCCCGGGAAGUACAGGGCAACCACUGGGUAGAAGCCAGCCACCAGGCUCCAUGGAUCAGAUGAAGAUGAGGGGCCAGCCGUACGGCCCGGGAGGCCCCUACUCCCAGCAGCCCCACCAAGGCCCUCAACCAGGCCCCCAGCAGGGGGGGCCCUACCCUGGGCAGAGCUAUGGCCCAGCAGGGCCUCAGCGCUACCCCAUGGGCAUGCAGGGACGCAUGCAAUACGGACAGCAGAUGGCCCCUUACGGCCAGCAGGGACCAGGCGGUUACGGAGGACAGGGCCAGCAGUCCUACUACAGUCAACAGGGCCAACCUCCCCACGGGGGCCAGCAGCCGUCUCCUUACCCCCAGCCCUCUCCCUCACAGCCAGGCGCUCAGACCUCUUACCCCCAGCAGCAGCCGCACCCUUCCCAGCCGCCCUCCACGCACGGCCCGGGUGGACCUCCCUACCCACAGCCUCACAUGCCGCCCCACGCCCAGGGCCCAAUGGGAGGGCCCUCGCAGGGACCCACUCAGUCCCAGCCGCCAUACUCCCAGGCCCAACAGGCACAGCAGCAGGCGCAGGCACAGGCACAGCAGCAGGCGCAGGCGCAGGCGCAAGCUCAGGCGCAGCAGCAGCAGCAGCAGCAGGCGCAAGCGCAGGCUCAACAGCAAGCGCAGGCUCAGCAGCAGCAGGCGCAGCAGCAGCCACCGCCGACACCCCAGGCCAGCCAGUCCCCGUACCCACAGCAGCAGCCUCAGAGUCAGCCUCAGUCGCAGGCAACCUCCCAGGCCCCGCCGGCCUCGCAGGCCCAGCCCAGCUACCCACCCCAGCAGGGCCCUCUGCCGACCUCUCCCCAGCAGACCCCAGCCCAGACUUCCACUGCCUCUUCCCAGCAGGCCUCGGGGCAUGGGCAGUCUGGGCCCUACUCCCAGAAUGCUCCGCAACAGCAACAGCAGCAGCAAUCUCCGCAGCAGCAGCAGCAGCAGCAGCAACAACAACAACAACAGCAACAACAACAACAGUCACCUUAUCAGCGAUUUCCCCCUCCACCUCAUCAGGAGCUCUCCCAGGAGUCCUUCAGCUCCCAGUCCAGCGCUCCGGCCUCCAACCAGCCGCUGGCCUCCAGCAAGGGCGCCUCCGAAGACGCUGCUCUGCAGGGACGGCCCUCCAGCCUCCCCGAUUUGUCGGGCUCCAUUGAUGACCUGCCCACGGGUGCAGAGAGCGCGCUCAGUCCCGGCGUGAGCACCUCGGGCGUGUCGAGCAGCCAGGGCGAACAGAGUAACCCGGCACAGUCCCCCUUCUCCCCCCACACCUCACCCCACCUGCCAGGCAUCCGCGGGCCCUCACCCUCCCCCGUGGGCUCGCCCGCCAGUGCCAGCGCCUCCCGCUCUGGUCCGCUCUCCCCUGCCACCAUGCCAGGGAACCAGAUGCCCCCGCGCCCCCCCAGCGUGCAGUCAGACGGGAUCCUGCACCCCUCCAUAAACCAGUCGGGCAUGGGCCAGGAGAGAGGCUUCAUGCAGAGGAAUCCUCAAUUGCCCUACGGUUCGCCCCAAUCAGGCUCCGCCUUAUCGCCGCGCCAGUCCUCGGGUGCCCAGAUGCAUGCUGGGAUGGGGCCCUAUCAGCAGAAUAACUCCAUGGGGAACUACGGACCCCAGGGUGCCCAGUAUGGCCCUCAAGGUUACCCUCGGCAACCUGGAUACAGUGGCAUGCCCAAUGCCAAUUACUCUGGCCCUGGCAUGGGCGGAUCAAUGAACCCCAUGCCUGGCCAAGGAGGGGGUCCUGCCUAUGCAGGCAUGCCCCCUGGACGGAUGCCACCAGGGCAGAUGGGUGUCCGACCCCCCUAUGGCCCUGGUAUGGGUCCCGGCAUGGGCCCCAACAUGGGCCCCAACAUGGCCAACCUCCCCCAGGUGGCCUCCGGAAUGUGCCCACCUCCAGUCCUCAACCGGAAGCCACAGGAUGCGGCGGCGGCGGCGGCAGCAGCAGCCGCGGCGGCCAUGCAGCAUGGCGCUGCCAACUCACAAAUACACAACAGGUUGCCUGGGUACCCCAAUAUGUCGCCUGGCAUGAUGGGAAGUGGCCCUCCCUACGGCCCAUCCAUGAACAAUAUGCCCGGCAUGAUGAACACCCAGGGACCCCCUUACCAAAUGGGGGGUAACAUGGCUAACAACAGCAGUGGGACGGCCCCCAGCCCAGAGUUCCUUGAUGGGAAAAUAAACCAGGCGCAGAAGAUGAACAACAAGGUGGAAGGAACCCCCAAGACGGAGACCAAAUCCAAGAAGUCCAACUCGUCCACGACGACCAACGAGAAGAUCACGUGUCUGUAUGAGAUGGGCGCUGAGCCAGAGAGGAAGAUGUGGGUGGACCGCUACCUGGCCUUCAUCGAGGAGAAGGCCAUGGGCAUGAACAACCUGCCCGCCGUAGGCCGCAAGCCCCUCGACCUCUUCCGCCUCUACAUCUCCGUCAAGGAGAUCGGAGGCCUCACGCAGGUGAACAAGAACAAGAAGUGGCGCGAGCUGGCCACCAACCUGAACGUGGGCACGUCCAGCAGCGCUGCCAGCUCGCUGAAGAAACAGUAUAUCCAGUGUCUGUAUGCCUUCGAGUGCAAGAUUGAGCGUGGGGAGGACCCAGCGCCAGAGUUCUUCAACACCGACAGCAAGAAGAACCAGGCAAAGGUCCAGCCGCCCUCACCCGCCGGCUCGGGCUCCCUGCAGGGACCUCAGACCCCCCAGUCCACCAGCAGCUCCAUGGCUGAGUCUGGAGACCUGAAGCCCCCUACCCCAGCCUCCACCCCCCACACCCAGAUGCCCCCCAUGCCCCCGGGCAGGAGCAGUGUGAACCUUCAGGAUCCAUUUGCUGAAGGCAGUGACCCAGCCUUCUCCAGGAGGAACUCCUUGACCCCUAACUCAGGCUUCCAGCCUGGGAUGGCCACUCCUGAGAUGGCUGGCCGCAUGGGGCCCUACGAACCCAACAAAGAUCCCUUCGGCGGCAUGCGCAAAGUGGGAGAGCAGUUUAUUCCUUCUGGCCAGGGGCCCAACAGCAGCAUCGGGGAGUCCUACAACCGCGGCCCCGCGGGUCCUAUGGGCAGCAUGCCCCCUAUGGGCCAGAGGCCGCAGUACCCCUACGGCCCGGGCUACGAGAGAAGGCCUGAACCAGGAACCAUGGGCCCAGAGGGCAGUAUGGGUCCCCAGCCAAACAUGAUGCCUUCCAGCGCUGACACGGGGAUGUACUCGCCAAACCGCUACCCUCCCCAGCAACAGCGGCACGAUUCCUAUGGAAAUCAGUAUCCUGGACAAGGGACUCCCCCUGGUGGUCCUUACCCCAAUCAGCAGCCAGGAAUGUACCCUCAGCAACACCCGAACUACAAGCGACCUGUAGAAGGCGGUUAUCCCCCAGCAAAGCGUCACGAGGGGGAGAUAUACAGUGGCCCCUUCACUGCUGAACAACAGCAACAGCGGCAGCAAGCUCAGCAGCAAGCGCAGCAGCAGCAAGCGCAGCAGCAAGCGCAGCAGCAACAGCCUGCCCAGCAGGAGAUGUUCAACCAGUUCAGCGGAGGCUACGCAGGUCCCGAGCGACGCCCAGCAGGCCCCGGGCCCCAGGGCCAAUUCCCUUACCCGUUUGGCCGUGAACGCAUGCAGCCUGGCUCGGGCCACAGCUCCCAGGGCUCCAUGCCCUCGCAGAUGAUGGGCAGCCCCAUGCAGCAGUCAGGCCCCGAGGGUCCCCAGUCGGGCAUGUGGCAGGGCCGCGGCGAGAUGGGUUUCUCCAACUACCCCAACCGGCAGGGGCCGCCAGGGGGUCCCCAGCAAGGUCCCGGCUUCCACCCUGGCAUGAACCGCUCGGAGGAAAUGAUGUCGUCUGAGCAGCGCAUGAAUCACGAGGGCCCGUGGCCGAACCAGAUGGGCCCCAGGCAGCCCCCCUACGGCCCCGGCGGAUCCGGGCCGCCUUUGAGCCGGGCCUUGCAGCCCAACUACCAGUCUCCGCAGUCCAUGCAGAACCACAUUCCACAGGUGUCCAGCCCCACCCCCAUGCCUCGGCCCAUGGAGAGCCGGACGUCACCCAGCAAGUCGCCCUACAUGCAGGGGGGCAUAAAAAUGCACAAGGCGGGAGCGCCCGUGCCAGCUUCACACAUCGUGCAGCAGCCCAUGCAGUCACCCCUCAUGAGGCGGGACAUGCCUUUCCCCCCGGGCUCCAUCGAGGCCUCCCAGCCUGUGCUGAAACCACGCCGGAGGCUCACCAUGAAGGACAUCGGCACACCAGAGGCGUGGAGAAUAAUGAUGUCACUGAAAUCAGGUCUGCUGGCUGAGAGCACAUGGGCCUUAGACACCAUUAACAUCUUGCUGUAUGACGACAACAGUAUUACCACUUUCAACCUCUGCCAGCUUCCUGGUUUCCUGGAGCUGAUCGUGGAGUAUUUCCGGCGCUGCCUGAUUGAGAUCUUCGGCAUUCUGAGGGAGUACGAGGUGGGUCAUCCAGGGCAGCGGAUGCUGCUGGACCCCAACGCGCUCAACAAGGAGGAGAACGGUCUGGAGGGUGAAGACAACCUGCCCGAGGACAUGGAGGAGGGAGGAGAAGACACAGACGAGGAAGAUGAGGAAGAAGACGAGCAGCCGGCCGUGACAGACACGCCUCUGGUCAAGCAGGAGGAGAAGGAGAGGGCGGUAGACGAAGAUGGGGUUGGGAAGAGGGAGGAGAGCAAGGGGAAAGAGAACGCGGGAACCUCUUCCAAGGAAGGGUCUGCCUCAACUGAGACGCCGUCAUCCUCUGAACCUGCCACGCCCCAGGAAAAGCCCAAGCAGGCCAGCAAAUUCGACAAGCUUCCCCUGAAGGUGGUGCGCAAGAAAGACCCAUUUGUGGUGGACUGCUCGGCACGACUGGGCCGGGUGACGGAAUUCGACAGUGGACUAGUCCACUGGAGUGUGGGCGGGGGUGAUUUCACAGAGCACAUCCAGACCCACUUCGAGAGCCGGCACAACACCCUGCAGACUCGCAAGCAGCCUGCAGCCCCAGUCCAGACCUUGAGCAGGAGGAGAACCAGCGUCAAAGACAAAGACAGGGACUGGUCGACUGCCUCCACCUCCAGAGAAGACAAGAGCACAGAGGAGGAGGGGAAGCCUUCACAAUCUUCGUCAUCGUCGUCAUCGUCCUCUUCCACAACAAAGACAACAGCGGCAACAAGCAGCACUUCAGACGCUAGGAAAGACCCCACCUCUUCCGCUGACAACUCCGCCGAGGUGUCGUCACAGCCGAAAGAGGCGGCAGAGAGGAUACCCAGCUCUGUAGACAGCACGGGGAGCGGGGGCGUCUUGACCGAGCCCAUCAUCCCCCAGCGCGUGACCACCAUCCUGGAGGACGAGCCGCACAGCAAGGACGAUUCUCCACUGGGCACGCUGGCCGACUGGCAGGACUCUCUGGCGCGCCGCUGUGUCUGCGUCUCCAACAUCGUGCGCAGUCUCUCCUUCGUGCCCAGCAACGACUUGGAGAUGUCCAAGCACCCGGGCUUGCUGCUGCUGCUGGGCCGCCUGGUGCUGCUGCACCACUGGCACCCCGAGCGCAAGCAGGCGCCGCUCACCUACGAGAAGGAGGAGGAGGCCGACGAGAGCAUGGGCAACGACGUCGACGAGUGGUGGUGGGACUGCCUGGAGCUGCUGCGCGAGAACUGCCUAGUGACGCUGGCCAACAUCUCGGGCCAGCUGGACCUGUCCAUCUACCCGGAGAGCAUCUGCCUGCCGCUGCUCGAUGGCCUGCUCCACUGGGCUGUCUGCCCGUCGGCCGAGGCCCAGGACCCCUUCCCCACGCUGGGUGCCAAUGCGGCGUUGUCGCCGCAAAGACUGGUCCUGGAGACGCUCAGCAAGCUGAGCAUCCAGGACAACAACGUGGACCUGAUCCUGGCCACGCCGCCAUACAACCGGCUGGAGAAGCUCUACGGCAACCUGGUGCGACUGGUGGGUGAGCGCAAGGUGCCUGUGUGCCGCGAGAUGGCGGUGGUGCUGCUGGCCAACCUGGCGCAGGGUGACAGCAUGGCGGCGCGGGCCAUCGCCGUGCAGAAGGCCAGCGUGGGAAACCUGCUGGGCUUCCUGGAGGAUAGCCUGGCCGCCACGCAGUUCCAGCAAAGCCAGGGCUCACUAAUACACAUGCAGGCCCCCUUCGAGCCCACCAGCGUGGACAUGAUGCGGAGGGCAGCCCGUGCCCUGCACGCCCUGGCCAAGGUGGAGGAGAACCACUCGGAGUUCACGCUGUACGAGUCGCGGCUGUUGGACCUGUCUGUGUCGCCGCUCAUGAACUCGGUGGUGUCCAACGUCAUCUGUGAUGUACUGUUUCUGAUCGGCCAGUCAUGACAGCCGGGGGGAGCGGUGGCUCCACCUCCUCCUCCUGGUUCGUCACUCCCCACCCUUCCAUCCCCAUACACUUUUCCCUUUUCCUGAUCCUACCCCUAAGCCCCACCCCCGCCUCCCCUUCUCCUCCCAUGGUGCACUGGUGCUGUGUAAAAAAACAGGAGCAAGGGGAAUGAAAAAUUGGGGAAUAUACUUUUAUUUUGUCCUUCCUUAUUUUUCCUUUGCUUACCUUUUUUUAAUUUAUGCAAAUCUUCAGAUCCUUCAGUCCCUUCCUUUACCGACCUUAGAUUCCAUGUCUCAUUUUGCUGCGUCUCAACGAAAGAGAUGAUGUCAUAACGUAGCUGUGGAUCAUGAACUGCUGUGGUAACUGACACAGACUGAACUGUUUGACGCCAACUAAGACGACACAGACCCCUGGUUUAUCUGUUGCUGCCCAAGGGGGUUUUGGGGGCUGGGUGGGAAUACUCUUAUUGUUAUUUUUUAAUAAAAAAUAAAAUAAAUAAACUUAAUAAAUAGUUGACAGAACACAAAACCACAAAAACCAACAAACUACAAAAACUGUAACCAAAGUUGCUGUCUCGUUUACAGUGAGUUUGGGAAAGGGGGUGUGAACUUGGCCCUGCCUUUCUGGGGAGGGGGGAAAGGGGCACAAACAAGUCCAACCUCUGGUUCAUAUUUGGAGUCCAAGCAGACUGUGAGAGAUGCAGCGGUGAUGUGUCGUCUCUGAAAUGGGCUGCUCCUCUUGCGCCACCACCACCACGUCCUUCUCAUCGGACAAGAGCAGACGUCAUAGAGAGGGGAGGCUCGGGCAGUAGAUUGUAGUAUAUUUUUUUUUUUCUUUUUUUUUUUGUACAGUGCUUAUUACAGCUGUACCCUUUCUGUAACACUGUUUCACAUUGAGAUAAUGAUGAUGACAUGAUAAUGAUGGUGAUGAUUACUCGAUGAUAGUUUUUAAAAGGUGGGGAAAAAAUGAGAAGUUUUUAACGGUGAAGACAAGAAAGAAGCUUCAGAAAGGCUUUCUCCCCAAAGGAUCGAGAACCUACAACACCCUUACCUCCUCUUUAAAAAAAAAAAAAAAAAAAAAAAAAAACCUUGAUUGUAUGAAUCGACCCUUAUGAAAAGAAAUCACCUCUUAGGACUGGUUUUGAACUUAAGAUGCAGCGUAGGCUGUGGUGUAAAUAAGAUGUUGUACAUUACACUUUCUCUCUCUCUUCCUGCUCCCCUUCUCUUUCUUUCUCUCUCUUUAUCUCUCUCUCUAUCUCUCUCUCGCUCUUUGUCACAUUCUUAUGCUACUUCUCACUGUUUGUAUCUAUGAAGAAUGGACAUCCACACCUGAGUUGGGUUCAUUGCAUCAGAAGCUCUGUAGGGAUGUUAACAGACCCCUCCUAUGGCCGCUCACUACUGCUCCUUCUUAGAACAGCAGACACAGCUGAAAUAUUUUAAUUUCAUCUUGUGGUACAACAAAAUAAACUCUAGAUGAAGAAACACAGAAAUUUGAGUUUUUUUCUCGCUCUCGCUCUCGCUCUCUCUCUCUCUCUCCAGUGAUAUGGAUUCUGCAUAUUUGUAUUUCAGACUAUGUAGCUAAAAACUUAAUGUAAAUUCCUCUUUUUUCCCCUUUUUGGCUCAAUGAAUAUCAUUUAUUCAGUAUGAAAUCUUUAUACUAUAUGUUCCAUGUGGUCAGAAUAAAUGUACAUUAAAUCUU